UCUUGUUUGGCAGGUAGGCGACCCCAGGCUUUAAGCCUUUAGCUAAAAUAUUACAGCAUUUAUCUAGGACAGAAACCCAGAACGGCUUGAACUUUCAUGAAGCACAGUGGCAGGAGGCAGAGUUUUUGUUCUCAGGCCGCCAGACCUCAUGGUUGGCUGCUUUGUGGAGUUAAUUGGUGACUGUGUGGUAUAUAAAGUAUGCAGGUUGUGGCCUGGCAUGGUGACGGGGUCCCUGGCGUUAUAUUUCCACUCCCUAAAGGCAGAAGGCCAUUCUUUUGCACUGCUGAAUCCCAUCACCUAGCAGAGCCUGGCCACAAGAGGCCAUCAAUAAAAUAAGAUUGGCUUGUGGGGUGGGAUGGGCUUCAAUACAAAGAAUGGGAACUGGAGAGUGUGGCCCAACACGCAGGGGCGGCUGUACCAUUAGAUUGCUUUCCGUUCAAAGAAAGAUGGACUGGACGAUGUGCCAGUGUCCUAAGUGCUGCGAAUACAGCCCUGCAUUAGAGUGAGGUUCGGCAGUGAGAGGGCGGAGCUUGCAACCAGUGGGGAAGGCCAUCAACAAGCAAAUACUCUACACAGUGUGCGUUCUAUACGGGAAAGGAAACAGGGCGAUGUGAUAGAAAGGGGGCGGUGGAUGAUGGACUUCUCAGAUGAGGGAGUGAAUGAUUCCUCUUCCCCUGGUCCAGAAAAGCUAGAAAGGCGCAGAGUAAGAUCCGGUCGGAACUCAGGUCCUCUAACCCUGCCUCCCAGGUCGAGCCGGGACAGCAGACCAGAUUCCAGUCCGCUCUGCCAGAGCCUCGCCCAGGAGGAUCCCAACGGUUUCCAAGAAACAAAGCGACUGUCAGUCCAAGAAGCCUUUCAACGCUCUGGACUAGAGCAGGUUUGGGCUGCGCACACACAGGGGGCCAGCCCCGGAAACGCGCCUCACGGGUAGAGAGAACCUCCGCGCUCCCCACAUUUCAGCGGGGAUGCCGCCCAUCUCGGAAGACCCGUCUGUACUUGCAGAAAUUAGCCCGGGUUUAAAGAGGCCUUGAGAGGCCAAGCCUCCAAAUCGCCUUCACCUUGGCGGAGGCAAAGGAGGGACAAAGCGAGACCCAAACAAGCCUCACGAGCAGGGGCGGGGCUGCAGCGUAACGUCACGGCGCGCGCGUGCGCGAAGGAGACCAGUGGCCGCCGUACGCUCGCUCGGUGGCCGUAAAGCGCGGAAGGUCGCGGUCCCCGCUUCCCUGGAACUCUGUACCCUCUCCGCCCCGCCCCUUGUCAUUCCCUGUGGGCCCCCCCCUUACGGCCCCCGGCAACCCUGGCAACUGUUGUGGCGGCUGCCCGGCUUGUACCCGCUAGUGCCGAGCGCGCAGCCGGUGGGGGCCCAUGAGUUCGAAUUCUUGGGAUCUCCUUAGCUGAGUGAGAGCACAUCUCCCAUUGCUGACAGACGUGAUGUUUUACCGGUUGCUGUCGGUGGUCCAAAGACAAAGAACCAGCCAAGGAUGGCAGAACUGGUCCCCAGCCAGAAGCGGUGCGUCAACUGCCGAGGCGCAUUCUGUCGCCCUGCCUGCCCAGACACAGGUGGUCAUCUGUGGUGGGGGAAUCAUGGGCACAUCCGUGGCCUAUCACCUCUCCAAGAUGGGGUGGAAGGAUAUUGUCCUUUUGGAGCAGGGCAGGCUGGCGGCUGGCUCUACGAGGUUCUGUGCCGGCAUCCUAAGCACUGCCAGGCACCUGACCAUAGAGCAGAAGAUGGCAGACUAUUCAAACAAGCUCUACCAUCAGUUAGAGCAGGAAACAGGGAUCCACACAGGUUACAUAAGGACGGGCUCAAUCUUUCUGGCCCAGAAUCAGGACCGGCUGAUCUCCCUGAAGCGUGUCAACUCAAGGCUGAAUGUUAUAGGCAUCCCUUCUGAGAUCAUCUCCCUCAAGAGAGUGGCCGAACUUCACCCUCUCCUCAAUGUGCACGACCUGGUGGGGGCCAUGCACGUCCCGGAGGAUGCGGUGGUGUCCUCCGCUGACGUGGCUCUUGCCCUGGCCAGUGCUGCCUCCCAGAACGGUGUUCAGAUCUAUGACCGGACCAGUGUUGUUCAUGUGAUGGUCAAAAAAGGGCAAGUCACUGGCGUGGAGACGGAUAAAGGACAGAUUGAAUGCCAGUAUUUUGUCAACUGUGCUGGUCAGUGGGCGUACGAACUGGGUCUGUCCAACGAGGAGCCGAUCAGUAUCCCGUUACAUGCCUGCGAACACUUCUACCUUCUGACUCGCCCCUUGGAGACCCCUCUGCAGAGCAACACGCCAACUAUUGUGGAUGCUGAUGGAAGAAUUUAUAUUCGGAACUGGCAGGGUGGCAUCUUGUCUGGAGGCUUUGAGAAGACCCCAAAACCCAUUUUCACUGAGGGCAAGAACCAGCUGGAGAUUCAGAACCUGCAGGAAGACUGGGAUCACUUUGAGCCCCUGUUGAGUUCCCUCCUGCGCAGGAUGCCAGAAUUGGAGACUCUGGAGAUCAUGAAGUUGGUGAAUUGCCCCGAGACCUUCACACCAGACAUGAGGUGCAUCAUGGGCGAGUCUCCUCUGGUACAGGGCUACUUCGUCCUGGCAGGAAUGAACUCUGCUGGCCUUUCGUUUGGUGGAGGAGCUGGAAAGUACCUCGCUGAAUGGAUGGUGCAUGGCUAUCCCUCAGAAAAUGUCUGGGAAUUGGAUUUGAAACGAUUUGGAGCCCUCCAGAGCAGCCGAACCUUUCUGCGCCACCGGGUCAUGGAAGUCAUGCCUCUGCUGUAUGAUCUGAAGGUUCCCCGGUGGGACUUCCAGACAGGGAGGCAGUUACGCACGUCUCCUCUCUAUGACCGGCUGGAUGCACAGGGAGCCAGGUGGAUGGAGAAGCAUGGAUUUGAGAGGCCAAAGUACUUUGUGCCACCAGACAAGGACCUCCUGGCGUUGGAGCAGAGCAAGACUUUCUACAAGCCAGACUGGUUUGAUAUUGUGGAGUCGGAAGUCAAGUGCUGUAAGGAAGCUGUGUGUGUCAUUGACAUGUCUUCUUUCACGAAGUUUGAAAUAACUUCCACCGGAGAUCAGGCAUUAGAGAUUCUACAGUACCUCUUCUCCAAUGACCUGGACGUGCCCGUGGGCCACAUCGUGCAUACUGGCAUGCUCAACGAGGGUGGAGGGUACGAAAACGACUGCAGCAUAGCACGCCUGAACAAGCGCAGUUUCUUCAUGAUUUCUCCAACCGACCAGCAGGUCCACUGUUGGGCCUGGCUUAAGAAACACAUGCCGAAAGACUCUAACCUGCUUCUAGAGGAUGUCACCUGGAAAUACACUGCCCUCAAUCUGAUUGGUCCUCGAGCUGUGGAUGUGCUGUCCGAGUUGUCCUAUGCCCCUAUGACUUCAGACCACUUCCCAAGUCUCUUUUGCAAGGAGAUGAGUGUGGGCUAUGCCAAUGGCAUCCGGGUGAUGAGCAUGACUCACACAGGAGAGCCGGGCUUCAUGCUGUACAUCCCCAUAGAGUAUGCCCUGCAUGUAUACAAUGAAGUAAUGAGUGUCGGGCAGAAGUACGGAAUCCGGAAUGCUGGCUAUUAUGCUCUUCGUAGUCUCCGAAUUGAGAAGUUUUUUGCCUUUUGGGGUCAGGAUUUAAAUACCCUCACCACGCCCCUGGAAUGUGGACGCGAAUCUCGGGUGAAAUUAGAGAAGGGGAUGGAUUUCAUUGGUCGAGAUGCCCUGCUGCAGCAGAAGCAGAACGGGGUGUAUAAACGCCUCACUAUGUUCAUCCUGGACGACCACGACACAGACCUGGACCUCUGGCCAUGGUGGGGAGAGCCCAUUUACCGAAACGGGCAGUACGUUGGCAAGACCACCAGCAGUGCCUACAGCUACACCAUGGAGCGCCACGUUUGCCUGGGCUUUGUGCACAAUUUCUCUGAGGACACUGGGGAAGAGCAAGUGGUGACCCCAGAUUUCAUCAACCGGGGAGAGUAUGAGAUUGACAUCGCAGGACACCGGUUCCAAGCCAAGGCCAAGCUCUACCCGGUCACCUCUCUCUACACCCAUAAGCGCCGAAAGGAUGACGUGGAGCUAAGUGACUUGCAUGGGAAGUAAUGCCAGGCAGUCCCUUCCUCCCCAUCUUAUCCUCUAAGAGCUUCUCUCCUGCUGAGCCCGUCCCUAACCGCUGUCCCAUUUCGUAUCUCCUGGAUGUAAUUUUAAACUUUGCCUUCUUUUAAACUUUCUGCUUUGCAACCUCUCUUGUCCUUCCAUCUUCUCCUCGUCCCCUUUGCAGUUCCCCUUCUGUUGAUACUCACUCUGGGCUGUUCAUCCUGUCCUUCCACCACUCUGAUUCCUGUGGUGACAGAAACAUGCUCCUCUUGUGGAAGUGGCUUAUGGUGACAGUCUGAUUACAAAUGCUGGUCUCGAGGUAAGGGAAGCUGGUGGUGUGCGGGCCCUCAGGGCAAGAGCUGGUCUCUGUGGGGCUCAGUCUUCUCGGAGACACCUGUUAAUUUUGGUGGGUUGCUGUAUGUUUGCUGCGGCGCUGUGGAACAGUCUGUGCCUUUCAGCCAGGCAGCCCAUUCUCCUGCGCUGGGGUUGGCACCCUGAUACCUCUAGCAAAACGAUGACCAUCUACCUCACUGAUGGGAGGCAUCACGUGGACGUUGUCUGGAGCAGAGAUAAAUCGUUAAUCUGGCGCCACCCCCAGCCUCCCUGCCAAGCCGGGUCCCAGUUAUCAGACCAUAGGGCCAGAGCCACCUGCCUCGAUUCUUCAUCUCUUUUUAAUCUCUAUAAUGAGGGGUUUUGUUGGUUUAGCUGAGUAAACCAUGUUGCCUUUUGUGUUGCUUUUCCCAACUGAAAUGGUCCGACCUGAGAAAGUACCACCACCAAACAAUGCAGGGUUUUCUGUUAAAACAGUGCUGCUUUUCUUCCAGCUAGUCAAAGUUCCAUCAUCCCAUCUUGAUUUUCCUCAUCAGUUCAGCCUCACCUAUCCCUUCAGCAGGAGGCCCACUAGCUCAGCAAAUGUCUCUCCCCCUUCAGAAAACGGGGGGUAGGGUAAGGCAUUCCGUCCUGAGCGAGUGACCCAUGCGGCUGCUUCUGGCACAGAACAGACAGACCCAGAGAAUUCAGUGUGGAGGGCACAUGUUAUGUGAGCCUAGCAGACUUCUUUCCAUCCUUUCUUUCCCCAUUGAGCCAUCUCUCCAUAUCCUCUGGAAUAGAAACCUUGGGGCGCCCCUUGAGGGCUCUGCACAAUUAAGUAGUGUCUCUGUUUUCCAAGGGAGAAAUUCAGAUACCCCAGGCUGUGCUUGCCAACUUAGCAUUUACUUUUCCCUGACAUGAGCUGCCCUAACCUGCUGUUAGAUGUUUUAACUAAACUGUAGCCUUUGUCUUGGUAUCUUAGAAGCAGUAGCUCUGAUAGAUCUAUAAAUAUAUUAAAGAUCCUCUUACUUUAUUAGAGCAGCUUAAAAUUCUCAGGUGUUUGCCUGGUCUGGCCAUCUCCGUUUACCCACUAAAUCUGACUGGCUUGUUUUGUUCCAGACAUUUCUUGCUAUUUCCCCAGCCAGACCACACCUUCUUGAUUACUGACUUCAGUGUCCACCUUUUUAGGAGAUUUUAAUUUAUUAAGGGAGCAAGUGACUAGAACUGCUUGGGGGCCUUGCUAUUUUGGUGCCGACGUACACUUAACUAGCUGACAGCACUUGCUCUCAAGGAGAGGAGGAAGGAGACGUGUGCCCAGCCCCGUGAAGGGCUCAGGGGAGCGGAGAGCGGGCCCUUGGCCAAGGCAGGUGUUGGAAGGAAACAGGAUUUAGAGCUAAAGGUAUCAGUGCUCUGCACGAUUCCAAAGUCCUCUGUGUACGUGAAAAUCUACUUGGGAUCGAAUCCAAAAGAAACUGUAGAGUUAUAAAUGUCACCUUGUCCAUAGGUAGAGGUUAUACCCAAGACUGUGGCAAGCUGGUACUCUUCUGAGGCUUCACUUGUUUAUUUGGUGCCCUGAAGCACACUUACUUAUCUUUUGGCACCUUAAAAUCCAUCCUGAAGUCUCUUGGCUCAUUUGGAUAUAGGUAGUGUGAAAUCUAGUAGUUUUCUGUUUGGUCUUAAAUUUGAAGGGGUGACCUCUACCUCUAGCAAAAUUGACAAUCAAAACAUCUGUGUGUCAUUUCUGUCCUUUGGGCAGGAGGUCACAUGUUUGCCUUGUGUGACAACUCACCUCUCCCUGGUUCUGGGCUCUUCGAAAUGAGUGGCUGGACUUUAGUUUUAUUUAGGUGGUUGGUACCUUUCUCUCUGAAAUGAUCUGUCGUCACCUCUUGUGUUCUCUUGGGCGAGGGGCUCUGCACACUUCUGUCAUGUCAGCACAUUCGACUGAAGCAUCUCAACCCUAGAAGCAAAAAGUCCGAGUAUGUUAGCCUCAAAGAGAUGAAGGCCAGGGCUGCAGGCCUCCUGGGGGCCUCGUCCUCCCUGCAGAUAACGCCUGAGCCCUGUCACGCACGCCUCGCGUAAGUCCUGUUUCCUGGCACUGCCAUGCUCAUCGGACACCACUGCGGCUUGCAUCGGAAAGAUUUCCCGUCCCCAGUAAUGCCACUGAAGUCAGAGGCUCUAAUCCAGAAAGUGUGAAGAGCAAACAGGGACAAAAACUACCUGCUUGGAUAGUCUGUUUGAUGCACAUUCACUGCAUGGGCCAGACAUGCUCCAGCAGAGAAGUGAACACUACGUAUCUGUAGAGUUCUUCUGGGGAGUCCCUGUACCCCCAAAUGGGAGAUGCCAUUCAGGCUAACGACCCAAAGACCAUUCGGCCCAGUGAUUAACCCAGUUUCACUUUGGCCCAAAGGUCCCAUUUCUGCACGAGGAGAGCACAGUCACUUUGGUUCCCAUCAGGAGGAGGCAUGAGGUCCCUGGAUUCUAUCUCCUUGUACAGAACAAGCAUUUUACCUGCUUCCCUUCUCUCUUGGGCUGUUGUGUCCAAGAAAGGGACUAAAAUGUAAAACGUGCUUCAGUCUUCUUCAUUACCUACCUGCCUUUGCAGUGUUAACCUGCCCCCCGCCCCACCUAUGUGGCAGGAAUGAUAGCAGCUUUCUAAAGUGGUUUUGUUUCACUGAAGAGAUGACUCACCACCUGGAUUUGGGGCUCUGGCUUAUGGACACACCCUUCACCAUCCUUUCAGAGCCUGAGGCAGAUGAAAGGGAAUAUUCUCUGACCUGCGGUCUUGGCUCUGGCCCUAGAAGAACAAUUGCACUGGCUUGCUGUCAGGGUAAGCUACAGGUUCAUGUUUAGAUUUUUUUGUUGCUUCUUGACCAAUACUCAGCAAGGAUCCUCUUUAGUAUCUAAGAGAUGUUUUGGUCAACAGUGCUUAAUACUGAAAAAUAACCUUUUGUUCAUUUACUUUUUGCACCCCUCAUCCCGCCCCCAUACCUCAUAAACUUUGAUACAAGCAGCA